UUAAAAGCAACCCAUUUCGAACAGCUACUCAUGAUUGUCCCUCCAGUACCCACCCCAGUCGCUCGAGAUGGUUUUAUCAAAGCAGGGACAGCAUAUCGAGGAGCUUGUGGACUUACAAGAGAUGGAGAAGGACAUGUUCAAACCAGUCAAGCUCUGGAAAUUAGAUAGCGGUACCAACGUGUUUGGGGGGAUCAUCAUUGCUCAAGCUACCCAUGCAGCAACCAAGACCGUUCAGGCUGGGCUUCAUCUCCACUCGCUUCAUUGCUAUUUCUCGGGCUUUGCCGAUGCCAGUAUACCGAGCGGGAUAGAUUACACGGUAGAGAGGAUCCGAGACGGCAACUCCUACGUGACCCGGUCCGUCAAAGCCAUCCAAAAAUCACGAUGCAUUUUUAGCCUGCUUGUUUCGUUCCAUCGCCCAGAAAUCAACCAACCAAGCUUCCAAACGACGAUCGAUAUAAGCGAGGUCAUCGGUCCAGAGAACUGCCACUCUCUAGAAUUCUCUCUCCAAAAUCAUCUCGACCAGAACAGACAAUCCAUCCCGCCCGAUGUUCUCGGCUUUGUUGAGCAAUUGAUCAAGCAGAUCAAAGCCAAUGCGAUUGAGCAUCGGGACACUCGAUCAGAACAAUUCUAUUCAAAGAAUCAUGGCUCCUCUCAGGCGUAUUGGUUUCGGGCCCGUGCCAAAAUCCGCUCUGAUCCAGCUUACCAAAAGCUGAUACUUGCGUACGCCUCGGACUUUGGGUUUAUUGAUACCGUCCGGAUUGGCAUGGGGCUGCACUCUCCCGGAGGGCCUACACCCAGAGCAUCAAUGCUAGUUUCGAUCAGCCACUCGAUGUUCUUCUGCGACCAUGAUUUCGAUGUCAGUGAAUGGAUGCUCUACAAGAUGGAAGCAGAAACCGCAAAGGACGGGCGAGGUCUAGUGAUUGGUCGGAUCUAUGCGCGUGAUGGUAGACUAAUCGCAGUUUGUGCUCAAGAGGGCGUCGUGCGCGCCGAGGCAGAAGUCGAGGCAGGCGGGCCCAAACUGUGAUCAACAUUUUUAAUGGUUUCCCCUCCAUGUGCACAAAAGUCGUAUUUGUAGUGCUGUCUGUAGAACCAUUUUUCA